UCCCGAUGAGCCAACCAUAUUGCCUAUCGAAGAGCCUGGCCACUCAAGAGAAAGGAGUGCGUCAGAGACUCUCAGCUCUCAAAGAGUGUUUAAGAAGUCUUCGCCUAACAACAAGUUGACCCUCUACUUGGGCAGUCGAGACGUGGUCAUCUCAACCACUAGCAUUGACAGGAUACAGGGUGUGAUACUCGCUGAUCCUGAGUUUCUUGCUGACAGAAAGAUAUUCGGGCAGGUGACAUUGACAUUCCGGUAUGGCCGGGAAGACGAAGAGGUGAUGGGACUCAAGUUCUGCAACGAGGCAAUCAUGUGUCUCGCCCAGCUGCAUCCCCCCCACGAGCGGGCACCCCACGAGCCCAACACACCCCUACAAGACGCCUUGCUGAAGCGCCUGGGUCCGAACGCACACCCGUUCACGAUGGACGUGACUCACCUGGCGCCGCCCUCAGUGCAGCUGGUCCCCGCCAAGGAGUACAACGGUGCGCCAAUUGGCACCAGCUAUGACGUCAGAGCUUAUGCAGCCGACAGAGCUGACGAGAAGCUUCACCGACGCAGCACAGUCCGCAUGGGCAUCAGGGUGGUGCAGCUAGCCAGAGCGCCCCCGCUGCCAUUGGCCGUGCACCGGGCGGCCGCCACCGACGGGGGCGGCGAUGAGGCGGAGGCGGCAGCUGGGGUGGCCAACGCCAACCUUAAGCCGCCCCACGCGUUCGUCGAGAAGCCCUUCCUGCUGAGUGACGGUCGUCUGCAGCUGCAUGCGUCCCUCGACAAGGCCAUCUACUGUCACGGCGACACCGUCAUAGUCAAUGUCAACCUCACCAACACCACCAACAAGACUGUGCGCAGGAUCAAGGUGUUUGUGGUUCAACAUGUGGACGUGUGCAUGUUCUCGAACGGGAAAUUCAAGAACGUUGUGGCCCUGAUAAACAGCAAGGACGAAUGCCCGCUGGGUCCAGGGUCGUCGCUCAACAAGUCCUACUCGCUGAAUCCCGCCAAGGGCGCCACGAAGAACUGGAUCGCCUUGGAGGACUCCUACAGUAAAAACAAUGCUUCACUCGCCUCAACCGUCACAUGUAAUUCACCAGACGAGAGGAACGUCUUCGCUAUUUACGUUUCGUACUAUGUCAAGGUGAAACUUAUGAUGGGAGCGAUGGGAGGCGAAUUGUCUCUAAAACUGCCCUUCACACUGAUGCACUCCCCGUCAGACCCAGACACGUGUCAGAGCACACCUCUGCCCCGCGUCUCCAUGCCUGUCGCCGCGACGCGGGCCGCCAACGGAGAACACACCCUCGACGACGCCGACGUCAUACUCAAGUGCGACGACGAAGAGGAAGACCAAGAGGAAGAGGCAAAGGAAGAGGAAGAAACAGACAACCGAUCGAAAGACAACACCUGAUCGACAGUUCACCUUCCUCCCAAGGAGGAUGGUAAAUCGAAAAAGAUCGAAGAUCUCAACGGAACUGACGAUAUAAUAGUGACAGACAGUGAGCAAAUUAUUCCAACUACCAACCAUAAAAACCUCGAAAUAUCACCCAAAGUGACUGUGACUGGUCCCCCCAAAUCCUCUCCAAAAAAGUCUGAAACAAACGAACUGAAACUACAGCGCGCGUUCUGCUGUUUCUCAGUGAAGGAGUCGCCAUCACAGUGACAGAUUGACAGUCAUCGUGGACUACAGUCACUUUGUAAGCUCACAAUUUUAGUGACAGUCACCGCGUGAACAGUCACUAGAAGUCUCUUCACACUUAGCUAUACGACCUAUCUCUCAAUGUUACCGGUAAUUCUGUGCAAAGGCUAAAAAAGAACUUUCUACUGGUGAUAUUUUUCAAAGUUUUUCGAUUUUAUGUAUAUCAUCAAGCUAUCAAAAGUUUUCUCAGAAAUUUUUUCGAUCAUUGAUUUUGGAGAUAUGAGCGCCUCAAGUUCAAAUUUUAGGGACAGAGCAUUUCAAAUUCGGUAAGAGAUAAAUCCAUGAGAUUCAGAGGAUAAAUUUUC